GUUUGUAUAACAAAGGAUUUAUUUAUCUUGAUGUACCGAUAUCUGAUGACAGCUGUAUAGCAGUGCCACCACUUGAAGGUUUUGUGAUGAACAGAGUACAAGGUGAUUACUUUGAAACACUCCUGUACAAGAUAUUUGUUUCAAUAGAUGAACACACUAACGUGGCAGAGCUUGCAAACGUCCUAGAGAUUGAUUUAUCUUUAGUAAAGAAUGCUGUGUCCAUGUAUUGUCGGUUAGGCUUUGCUCAUAAAAAAGGCCAAGUAAUAAACCUGGAUAAUCUUCAUCCAUCAUGGAAGAACGUUCCCUCAGUAAACAGACUGAAGAGUACUUUGGACCCUCAAAAGAUGCUGCUUUCAUGGGACAGUGGGGAAAACAGAAGUUCUAUACAGGAAGCUGGGUCAUCAGCCACAGAUACAGAUACCAACAGUCAAGAUGAUCCAGCUGAAACAGCCAGCGUGAGCAGCCUGAACCUGUCUAGUGGACACACAAAGCGUAUUGCCUUCCUGUUUGAUUCUACUCUCACUGCCUUUUUAAUGAUGGGAAAUCUGUCACCAAACUUGAAAAGUCAUGCAGUCACUAUGUUUGAAGUUGGGAAACUGUCAGAUGAGAGUCUUGACAGCUUCUUGGUGGAGCUGGAAAAGGUUCAAAGCACAGGUGAAGGGGAAGCUCAGCGGUACUUCGAUCACGCUCUUACACUGAGAAACACUAUACUGUUUUUGCGGCAUAACAAAGACCUAGGGGCACAAGCUGUACUGCCUGAUCAACCAAGUAAUGGGUUUCCCUUGGACCUCUUAAGAUGUGAGAGUUUGCUCGGCUUGGAUCCAGCUACGUGCAGCAGAGUUCUCAACAAAAAUUAUACUCUGUUGGUUUCCAUGGCACCACUCACCAAUGAAAUUCGGCCUAUUAGCAGCUGUACACCCCAGCAUAUUGGACCUGCGAUACCAGAAGUCAGUUCAGUUUGGUUCAAACUGUAUAUUUACCAUAUAACUGGACAAGGACCGCCCUCUCUGUUGCUUUCUAAAGGAACACGUCUUCGAAAACUUCCAGACAUUUUUCAGGGUUAUGACCGCUUACUAAUAACAUCUUGGGGUCAUGAUCCAGGAGUAGUUCCUACUUCAAAUGUGCUCACAAUGUUGAAUGAUGCUUUAACACAUUCUGCUGUUCUGAUUCAGGGUCAUGGCCUGCACGGAAUGGGGGAAACAGUGCACAUACCUUUCCCGUUUGAUGAAGCUGAGCAACAGGGAGACUUCUCUCGUGUGAACAUGGGCAUUCAUACCGCUUUAAAAAUACUGAGAAACAAAGUAGACCUGCAGCAUUUUUGUGGCUAUGUCACUAUGUUGAAUCCUUCAAGUUGGCACGCUAACAGAAAGCUGAGCGAUGCUUCUGAUGGAAGAGGAGAGGCUGAACUAGUAUCAGGAUCUGAUGUAAACGGGAGCACAGAAUCAUUUGAGAUGGUAAUAGAAGAAACCUCAGUGGAUUCUGCAGCCAAGCAAAGCCUUGAAGUACCCACAACAGAACUGGAAUGGGUUCCCCUGGAAUUAUGCUUUGGCAUUCCACUCUUCAGCUCGGAGUUGAAUCAGAAGGUCUGCAGAAAAAUUGCCGCUCAUGGAUUAUGCAGGAAAGAAAG